AUGGAGGACCGGCCAGGCGGCCGUGAGCGAGCAACGUCGGUUGCACCAGCUUCUCCCUCUCUCGGCACCCACCGGAUGACGUUGUCAGAGGCGAGCGCGGCAGCUGUGGUGGUGGCCGUCGAGACUUCUGCCGCGGCGCAGGCGUCGGCGGCGCAAUGGCGCUCGGGCGAGAAGAGCGAGUCCUCUGGUCGAACCCCUACGCGCGCCCGCGAAGCGCUGGGCUUGGGUCGGCUCUCGUCGCGGGAGGAAGACGCCGUCGCAGAGCCCGACAGCGACCUCACCUCCACAACAACGACGACCACGAAGUCAAAGACGAAGAAGAAGACGAAGAAGAAAGCGAAAGCGAAGGAGCACAGGCGCGAAGACGGUAGCGCAAGGGCGGACGGGGAGAGUAGUGGGGAGAGCUGCGAGGCGCUGACACCGCGAAGCAAAGAAACACAGAAGGAGGGGAAGAAAAAGAAGAAGUCAAAGACCAAGAAGAAGAAUGCCAAGUCUAAAUCGGAGAGGUCAGCAACCGACGAACCGCCAGCAGGAGGUGCAAUGGCGGAACUGCGCCGUGGCCUUCUCGAUCUGCAGCCACAGGCCUCCGAUGAGGUGCGCCCACGUCAUCCCGAUCGAGAGGAAGAAGAAGAAAACAAAGACAAAAGCGAAGACGAAGGGCAAGAAAAAGUCGCCCACAAAAACGAAAAAAAGAAGAAGUCGCGUACAUACGCGGACGACGACGACGAAGCCGAGGCCGAGGAAAGUGAUGAUGACCGGCUGCCGCCCACCGUCUACGUCGACUGCAUCGUGGUGGAGGCGCGCGAUCUGCAGAUCCCGACCUCGACCGGCUGGGGCUUCUUCGGCAGCGGCACCACCACGCCCGCCCUCUACUGCGCCGUACAGUUGGGCAGCGGCACCCAAGAAUUCAGAACGUGGAGCGCCGAGGAGAAGACGCCCGUGUGGAAUGCGGGGCUCACGUUCAUCUACCGACGCACGAUCGACGCCGCGUUGACCGAGGAGGACGACCUGCCCAUGACCAUCGCCGACAACGCCGUGCUCAUCCUCACCGUGCGCAACCGGGCCGGCCGGCUCUUCGCGCAGGAGCUGGCCCUGGGCGAGGCCUACGUGGUGCUCGAGACGCUCGAAGACGAGGCCGUGCACGACGUCUGGCUGCCGCUCCGCCCGCCCGCCAAGACCUGGUCGCUCGAGACCCUGCUGCAGCCGCCUCCCGAGCCGCCCCUCGGCCAAUUGCACAUCAUCCUCCAAAAGUCCCUCCAACCUCAGGCGGGACUGUUGGCGUACUUUGGUAAGCCGUCGCGAGCGAUUCCGCUGCGUGCGCUGCCGGGCGACGUGGUGCUGUUCUCCAACACGGAGCUCGUGCGGCAGACGAUCAAGAUCGUGCAGGGCUCCGAGUGGGACCACAUCGGCCUCGUCGUGCCCAGGCCGGACAACGAGGGCCUGUUUCUGCUGGAGGCGAUCGUGGACGGCGUGCGGAUCUUCCGAUUGGACCACCGGCUCGACUUCUACCGCGAGACGGCCAAGAUCGCCAUACGACGGCUCGAGGUGAACCGAACGCCCGAGAUGCUGCAGGCCUUGACCGACUUUGCCCAGGAGAUCGCGGGCAAGCCCUACUGCUCCCUACUCGACAUCGUCAAAACCUACGGCACUGGAGCGGUGCCGGCGGAGGGGACGUGGUUCUGUUCGCAGCUGGUGGCGGCGGCGUUCCAGCGCAUGGGCAUACUGGCGGCACAGCCGCCGGCGUGGGCCUUCCUGCCGGGCGACUUCGUGGCCGAUCACCCGCCCUCGCACACCCACAACCCGUCGCCCGACGCCGCGCCCCAGGCGCCGCCCAAGCUGCAGCUGCUCCAGGGCCGCCUGUCCGACAUCCUCAUCAGUCCCAUGAAGGGCGCGCCCGACCUGCUCUCAUGA